GAGAGAGAGAGAGAGAGAGAGCCCGAAGUGAAGGGGUGGCCCCCGGACAGAACCGUGGGCCACGCACCCUCUCAAACUUCGGGUUCCUAGAUAACUUUCUUCCUCGUGCCCUGUCACUUUUUUUUCUUUCUUUCUGUUGGUUCCUUUUUUAAAUAAAACGGUCCAUCGCCUGUUUUGCGCGUUCAUUGUGGCUUGUGUCCCAGGUGUGAUUUGUUUCUGUCUCUUGCACACACUUAUGAGCCAGCGUCAACUCGACUUAGACCAUACAACGACACCUUCGUUUCUGUCAACCACGAACGAGUAAACGGUUUUCGGAUAGAACUCGCGCGCAGGGUUUUUAACAAGUCUUCCGAUUGAAUACGUACACACGUCAAAGAACGAUUUCCCGCCUUCGUAAUCCUUAAUCGCACACACGCGCGCAGAAGCAAUGUCGUCCCAGAUCGAGUACAAUCAGAUGCCAAGAGAGCCUGCGCCAGCCGUGCUCUCCGAACACAAGAUCAGCUCUCAGCAACCUGGCCUGAACCAGCCGAUGACGAUGGAUCAAUCAGCGAACCUGCGAGGCGGCGGCGAUGGCGGAUGCUGGAAAUGCUACGUGGAUCUUUCUUCGACGCCUACCUUAGAGCACACAAAUGGCUGACGUUACAAUCCUCUUUCGAUAGGCUGUCUGCUGCGGUCUCUGCGC